AUGACACAAGAAAUAGAGCUGCCCCCCGGGGAAGGAAAAGAGACUGUUUUAGUAUUUUUCAAAAUCCGACCAGAGGUAGUCACCGCAGAAACUAUCGGAGAGUUGGUGUUUGUAGUCUCAAUGCUAGACUCUCCCAUUGUUGCAUUGUACCAUACUCUGCAGCGGAUAUUUUCUCCGACUCUUCUUAAGGAUGAGCUUUGGAGCCAAAAUGUUGAGCCGAAGCUGCAGACGAUGUUGAGUGAUCUCGAGACCAGCUUGAGAACCGUUGUGCUGAGGGCUCAAGAUGAGAGCAUCUCUCCUUCUGCAAGCCUUACAGAAAUAAUGAGUGUAGGCGAUGAAGUUCACUUCUGGGCUGGCUGCGCCAAUCAGGCAAAGAAGAAAAGCGAUCAAGAAAAAUCAAAUUCCUUUUUAGAAGCUUUGGAGCCCCUGGAUACUUGUUUGAGACGGUUGGACUCUAUGGAAGUUAUAGAUGCAGAAGAUGUUCUGGAGACAGCGUACAACUCUCUUGAUGAUCUUUGGAAACUGGACGAGUACAGAUAUCCUCAAUCUCGUAUGGAACAACUUAUGGAAAUUAUAGGAAAAACAUUGACUCGCUUCAUCCAACAGAAAAUAAAAUCAGAAAACAUUUGGGAAGGAGAUUUCAUAGAGGUGGAAGCAAUGCUGAGCCAGUGUAUUGCAGUGUGUUCCAAGUGGGUACAGACUUGUGAGAAGCUAACCACCUUGUAUUGGCCAAACCAUUCCUUACAUCGCUGGGCGGGGCUGCCUUACAGACCUUGUAUUGCAGUAUGUUCCAAGUGGGUACAGACUUGUGAGAAGCUAACCACCUUGUAUUGGCCAAACCAUUCCCUACAUCGCUGGGCGGGGCUGCCUUACAGACCUGUACAUAUCACUAGGUUCUGUGAUAGACUUAAGGAGAUCUUGAAUCUCCGCACAGUUAACAGACAGUUGACCAAGUUAUUGUCUCCUAAUGAGCAAGCUCAAUUGAAUACUUCAGCUAACUUCUUACCAUUCUCAAAUGUGAACGCAGUACAGUACAACCCGUACACAGAGCCGCAGUGGAAAGCUGCAGUCAAACGUUACGAGCAACACAUAAGGCCUGCGGAGGAGAGAGUUGCGGCUAAACUGAAACAGCAACUUUGCAACUCAAAUCUCAACACACUGCAGCUGAUGGAGGAAUACAAGAGAUACCGGGAGAUUGUACAGAGGCCUAGCAUUCAACAAGACCUGUUGGCUGAAAGAGAAGCGCUUCUGUCCCAGCUGCAAGACUACAUAGCCAGUGUCCAGGUGGAGGCUAGCGAGACACAACUGAGGAUGAUGGACAUGCCAGUAGUGGUCAGCAAACUGAGCUGGGCCCGUCAGCUGGAGACUAAGGUAUUGGAGAUAAAAAAGCUGAGUGGGGCAAUUCUGAAUGAUCUAGGAGGAUAUCCAGGACUGAGGAGAGCUGUGGACAACAUCAAGAAGGAACUCAAGGAUUACUUGACUGAACAGUUUGAUACAUGGACAAGGGAUACAGGGGCGGCAGUCAAGAAUAGAACACUCAGGCUAAAGACAGACGAGCCAGUGGUUCACUUUGAGCAAGGCAAGCUGAUGCAUGUCAACUACAACCCAGCAUUGGUCGGCCUGGUACAGCAGGUUAGGCAACUGUCAGUGAUGGGCUACAACAUCCCAGCACACAUCAUGGAGGCUGCAGAGUUGGCCAAGCAGUUCAUGAAUCAGGCUCGUGCCUUGCAACAGGUGGCAACAUUUCACAACACAAUUGGUGACCGAAUGAUAGCGUCACAGCGUCCGAUGAUGUUGGCAGCAGCUGUUGAGUUGGCUAAGCUGGUGAGAGAGCAGCACAACGUGACGUGGAAUAACACAACAGCUGUGGACUCCUACAUCACUAAGCUGCAGGGAGUUGUAGAUCGGCUGUACAAGGAGAAUAACCAGCUGGCACACUACCACAACCAGAUCUGCGACAAGGUGGUAACACUGAUGAGCACAGAUCUGCUGAGACACCAACAGAUGUGGAAGGAAGGUCUGAGGGAGAUCAGAGACCUGAUGGCUCAUGUGGAAACUCAGUUCAGCAACAGCAAGUCCUGGCGAGUACAUUGGGACCACCAGAUAUAUAAAGCUCUUGAACAUCAGUAUCAGCUGGGACUAGAGGCUCUAAACCAACACAUGCCUGAGAUACGAGUAGAUAUUGUUUACAGACAACAAAGAUUACAAUUCAGUCCACCAAUCGAAGAGAUCCGAAUGAAGUAUUACGGCCAGCUCAAGAGGUUCAUGUCCAUACCUCUUAGUUUCCGAGGAGUCUGCGACACUUCUAUAUUUCCUGCCAUCAUUGAUCACAAUGCCCACAGGUUUUCUCGAGUGUAUAAGCGCGCAGAAGGUCUGUUUGCACGGCUGGUGUCUGCGUGCGCAGAGUGGGAGGAUUCUGUUGCUCUGGGAUCUCUAGAUCUUGACAAUCUCUGUAGAGAGCAUUUGCAUGCAGCAAGUGACUGGGACAUCAACUUUAAAGCUUCCAAAGCUUGGAGUCAGGAGAUUGCCAAACUGGUUACGUCGGAGCGGAAGAUAGAUUGUUUCACCAUCAACGUAGGUCCAGUUUGUAGUGAGAUAGAGAUGCACAACCGCAAGUACUGGGACUGCUUGGCUAGCAGCUUGUAUGAGAGUAUAGUGACUGACAUUGCCACUGUAGACAAGUUUGUACAAGAAGCCCGCAAAACUCUGCAGAUCCAGCCUCAGAGGCUAGAUGAGGUUGGGAAAGCUCACAGUCAGUACUUGGAGAUCAUCCAGAAAUCUCAACAGAUGCAGGGGACUAUAGAGGAGCUGCAAAAGAAAAACAAAACCUUAGGAAGUUGGACGAAGGAAAAAGUAGAUCAAGUGUCAUCUUUGAUUUCCUCCUGGGAUAAUUUCCAGAUACAAUUGAACAAUCAACAAUACUUGAUAAGCAAGCAGGUUGAGACGAUGAAAAGCAAUUUAACUGUGAGUGUAGACAACAUGAUUGCCGAUGUGGAGCGUUUCCAGCAAUGUUGGGACCAGUUCAAGCCAAGGGAGGAAAGUCUGACCAGUAGCGAGACUCUGACGGCAAGCUUGGAAAUGAUCAGGAACAAGAGAGCAGAAUGGGAUCAGCUGGUAGAGUCUGUGAACACACUAAGGGAAGAACAUGUCCAGUUUCAGAUGACCCCUCCAGAUUUCCCUCAAUGUGAUAAGAUUGAAGCGGACAUAAAACAUUAUGAAGAGACUUGGGCUCUAUUUGACACAUUUAACUCUGAAUUAACGGAUAUGGCAAAGGAGGAAUGGAUAGUGUUCAGGAACAAGAGUCAGCUAAAGUUGUUGAAGUUUGUGGAUGACUGGACAGAUAAGUUGGAGAAGACACCAACCACUGCUCUGACUGUGAGACUUCUACAGGAGUUGACUCAGUACAAGGAACUUGCCCCUGGUUUGAAGUACCUCAAAGGAGAGUCGUUCAGUGAGAAGCAUUGGGUGGAACUUUUUAAUCUGCUGCAAUCUCCCUUCAAACCUGUGGAGAUUCUAACCUUUGGAGAUUUCUUGGAGAUUAGGCAAAAUAUUAUAAAGAAUCUGGAUAUUCUGCAGGACCUGAACACCCGAGCAGCCAGUGAGAUUGUGAUCCGACAAGCUCUGGCAGAGUUGGAUAUCUGGGAAGUGGAGGCUAAGUUUACAGUUACAAGUCACACUGACUGCAAGGGUCAAACUAUACAACUGAUCAAACACUUCAAUGACAUCAUGGGAAAGGUUGGAGAUCACCAGUGUCUUUUACAGUCAAUUAAAAGCUCGCCCAACUAUGAUAAUUUCCAAGAUAGAGCUGCCUUGUGGGAAACACGUCUGUCUGACUUGGAUAACUAUCUUCGCAGUCUCAACCUUAUACAACGCAAGUGGGUCUAUCUGGAACCUAUCCUGGGCAGCGGGACACUGAAGAUGGAACGUGGAAGGUUUGAGCGAGUGGACCGCGACCUUCGUCUGAUCUUGAGUGACCUUUCUGCAGCAAACUACAAAGUCAUGACGCUGUGUCGCAUCCCUCACUUGAGGAACACCCUGAAUAUGCUGCUACAGCAACUCACACAGUGCCAGAAGAGUCUGCUAGACUAUCUUGAGGAAAAGAGACUAAGGUUUCCUCGAUUCUACUUCCUCGGAGAUGAGGAUUUGCUGGAAAUCCUUGGACAAGCCAACAAGCAACACGUCAUUCAGUCACACCUCAAGAAACUCUUCUCUGGUAUCCAUUCAGUGGUCUUCAGAGAAGGUCAGAUCACAGCAAUGCAGUCUUUACAAGGGGAAACAGUGGAGUUAUCUUCACCUGUGGAAGUCACUCAAGAUAUUGAGGAGUGGCUAAGUUGCCUUGGCAAAGAGAUGAAGACUACGCUGAAGAAGCUUGUGUCAAAGUGUCUUCAGAACCCAGACCCCAGCAAGUUCCCUUCCCAGGUCUUGUGUCUGGCUGAGAGAGUGUCAUUCACAUCCAGGUGUGAGAAGGCCAUCCAGUCUGCCAGCCUCAAGGAUCUGCUAGCCACACUGAAGAAUCAGUUGGAGCUUUACACAAAGUAUCAGCUGCAGUCAGGAUCAGCUGAUGCUGAAGAUAAAGAGUCAGCUGUUUUGGAGUUGAAGUUGAAGGCUCUCCAGUUGGAUGUUAUCUACCACAUCAGUGUUGUGGAGCAUCUGCUGACCGUGGGAGUGUCAACUACAUCAGACUGGCAUUGGCAACGUCAACUCAGAUUCUACCUGAGAGAAGAUGGCAAGGUGGUGGCUCGAAUGGUGGAUGCAGAGUUUGUCUACUCUUAUGAAUAUCAAGGCAAUGCUGCCAAGCUGGUUCAUACACCUCUCACUGACAAGUGCUACUUGACUUUGACACAGGCAAUGAGCAUGGGCCUUGGAGGUAACCCUUAUGGGCCAGCAGGCACAGGCAAGACGGAAUCAGUUAAGGCAUUGGGAGGACUACUGGGGAGACAGGUCCUUGUCUUCAACUGUGAUGAGAGCAUAGAUGUGCAGUCGCUCACUCGUAUCUUGGUUGGCCUGGUCAAGUGUGGAGCUUGGGGUUGUUUUGACGAGUUCAACCGCUUGGAAGAAGCCACUCUAUCUGCUAUAUCCAUGCAGAUUCACCCAAUACAGGAAGCCCUUAGGAGAUCCUCGCCCAGUGUCACUCUUUUAGGUCAAGAGGUGGCCGUAGACUCCAACACUGGGAUAUUUGUGACCUUGAACCCUGCAGGCCAGGGAUACGCAGGACGUCAGAAGCUGCCUGACAACCUCAAACAGCUGUUUAGACCAGUAGUGAUGUCCAAGCCAGACGAGACUCUCAUAGCUCAAGUGACACUGCACUGUGAAGGUUUCAAACAUGCAAACACCAUUGGCACCAAACUUGUAAUUCUUUUCAAUCUUGCCAGGAAGCUACUUUCUCAGCAGCAACAUUAUGACUGGGGUCUGAGAGCUCUCAAGACUGUUGUUGGAGGGUGUGGUAGUGCCUUGAGGGAUGCCAGAACAAACAACGUCAGUAUUGACUCGGAGCAAGAUGAGAUGGCGUUGGCUGUGAGAGCUCUUCGUCUCAACACUCUGUCCAAGCUGACGGCUGCAGACAGUCGGGACUUUGAUCUCCUGGUGAAGGACACAUUCCCUGGCGUCCCACUGGAGAGUAGUAACGACACACAGAUGACCCAGGCCAUUCAACAGAGCUAUCAGGAUCUGCACCUAGUGUACAACGCAAAACAGGAGGGGAAGUGCCUAGAGUUGUAUGAACAGCUGAGACAGAGGAUGGGUGUGGUGGUGGUCGGACCUUCAGGUUCUGGCAAGUCAACAAUCAUCAAACUGUUGAAACACGCUCUAGCACAUACAGGUGUAACUGUAAGGCAGCACACUAUCAAUGCAAAGGCAAUGUCUCACACCCAACUGUUGGGCAACAUAGACCUGGACACUAGACAGUGGGUGGAUGGAGUACUGAGUACUACAGCGCAAGCCGUCUACUCACAACCUUCAGAUGUUGAGUGCUGGAUAGUGUUUGAUGGAGAUGUAGACCCAGAGUGGAUAGAAGCGCUCAACUCCGUGUUGGAUGACAACAGACUUCUGACUCUACCCUCUGGCUGGAGGAUACAGUUUGGACCCAAUGUACACUUCCUAUUUGAGACACAUGAUCUGAGUCAUGCAUCUCCAGCUACAGUCUCCCGCAUGGGGAUGAUCCUUCUUAGUUGUGAUGAUGUUGAUCCAAAGAACCUAGUGGAAGCUUGGCUUAAAACCCAACCUGAAGAAGUGGUCAGCAUCCUGACUCAUUAUGUAGAAGAGUAUUUUUACAAAGCCUUAUCCUGGAUGCUGGACCAAGGCCAGAUGGUAGUUUCUACAUCCCCUGCCGCUCUUGUAUCCAGUGGACUUUCCCUCAUGUCAGGGGUCGUGUCUAGAGCUCAUUUUGCUGUUGCUCUGGUCAGUGGGUUAGGCAGUAAUCUCCUUGACUCGUCCAGACAAGAAUUUUGUCAAAAGGUGCUUGAGUGGACAGGAGAGUAUGUCGCAAGUUCUGACUCGCCAGCUAUGCUCCGCUAUGAUGAGAGACGAGACUGUGUGGACAUAUGGACAGACCAAGGCCUCCUAGAUCAAGGGUCGACUCUAGUGUAUACAGCACGAGUCUGCUCUGCUGCAGAGGUGCUGGAUGACUGGCUGCAGCUCCGUCAGCCGUUAAUUCUGAUUGGUCCACCAGGCUGCGGAAAGAGUUUGGUCCUUCAGCACUGUUUCUCCAAGCUUCGCAAUGUUCAAGUUGCCACAAUACACUGCAGUGCUCAGAUAACUCCUCAACAUAUUCUGCAAAAGUUGUCUCAGCUGUGCAUGGUGGUGUCCAGUAGCAACGGAAGAGUUUACCGUCCCAGCAACUCGGAGAGACUUAUACUACACUUGAAGAACACCAACUUGGUCCAGAGAGAUAAGUGGGGAUCCAACAUGUUGACUGCCUGGCUUCUGCAGGUUCUGACCUACAAAGGGUUUUAUGACUCAGACUUGGAAUGGGUCGGUUUGGAGAACGUUCUUUUUGUCUUCAGUUUGUCGUCAACUGAAGGUAUCAGUCUCCGCUUUCUGGCAAAGAAUCUUGUCUGUUACUUGAGCUCUCCUGAUCGACCAGAGUUGAAGAUAAUCUAUGGAGAACUAAUCAAAUCAAUUUUGCCAACGAACAAGCAGACAAAAAUGGCUUCAGGCCUGGCUAAGAUCAUGGUCAACAUUUACCAAGAGGUCUCUGCAAGGUUCGGCAGUUCCCAGCAGCUGCACUAUAUGUUCACUCCAGCCAAUAUAACAGCUUGGUGUCAUGGCCUACUGAGGUAUCCUCUAACCGACAAUCAGUGUAUCGUUGAGGCUCUACUGUAUGAAGCAUUGCGACAGUUUGGCGACAAGCUUGUAUCUGAAGAAGACCGAACGACUUUAUGGGUGAUCCUCUCAGAAGUCAUGGAGAAAGAGUUCAACCUGAGGAUUGGAGCCGAAUCUCUCAAAGAUGUUCUGUUUGUGAGUGAGACUCCAGGGCGGAUGGACGGGAUGUUGUUGAGACUAUCUGUAUCAGACUGUACUUCUCUUGUGGAGAAAACUCUAAAUCAACUGGGAGACACGACCACCCUGGUACUACCAGAGCUGGUACAAUUGGUGGCCAGGAUAGAGAGGGUGAUGAGCUGUAGCGGAGGGUCCCUGGUCCUGGCUGGGAGGUCAGGAGUCGGACGUAAGACUGCUGUGAGGGUAGUAGCUGCAAGACACUCUGCUACUGUGCAUAGUCCCAACAUCACCCAUAACUAUACACUAUCUACCUUCAAAACGGAUCUGAAGAAUGCAAUGCAAUUAGCUGGAGUUGAAGGAGAGCAAGUAUAUUUACUUCUUGAGGACUAUCAGAUAAUUAACCCUGAGUUUCUUGACCUUAUCAACUCUCUGUUGUCUUCUGGAGAGGUCCCUGGUCUUUAUCAAACGGAGGAACUGGAAGCAACAGCUUCUGUACUCAAAGAUGCUGCUUCCCAGUCUAGUUUCGAUGGAAAUGUUUCACAGUACUUUUCUUCAAGAGUACAGAAGAAUCUUCACGUGAUCUUAGUGCUGGAGUCAAGUGAUGAUAGGUUCAAUGUUUACUGCCAAAACAACCCAGCGUUGCUGAAAACCUGCUCAGUCCUCUGGCAGGACUCUUGGAGUCAGCACACCAUGACUUUAAUCCCCCGACUUGUCAUAUCCAACAUUGCUGAAAACCUGCUCAGUCCUCUGGCAGGACUCUUGGAGUCAGCACACCAUGACUUUGAUCCCUCGACUUGUCAUAUCCAACCCAGCGUUGCUGAAAACCUGCUCAGUCCUUUGGCAAGACUCUUGGAGUCAGCACACCAUGACUUUAAUCCCUCGACUUGUCAUAUCCAGGUAAGUUCUCAUCCUCUACCAAAACAAUCCAGCAUUGCUGAAAACCUGCUCAGUCCUUUGUCAGGACUCUUGAAGUUAAAAGGGCCGUCAAAGGAAGAUGUCUUCAGUGUUGUCGAGAUGUUCAAAGCUAUUCACCUAGACUGUGCUGACAUUUCUGAUUGUUCUCCACGACGGUUCCUCUCCUUUGUGCAGACAUAUCUUCACAUUUACCAGUCUCGAGUUGCUAACAUUGCUGAAACUCAGAGCAAACUAGAGGCUGGAGUGUCCAAGCUGACUGCUGCCAAACAAAUGGUGGACACACUCAAGCUUGAGGCUGCAGAGCAAGAUCAAGCUAUGACUGUUUAUGUUCAGGCUGGAGUGUCCAAGCUGACUGCUGCCAAACAAAUGGUUGACACACUCAAGCUUGAGACUGCAGAGCAGGGUGAGCUGGCUGGAGUGUCCAAGCUGACUGCUGCCAAACAAAUGGUUGACACACUCAAGCUUGAGACUGCAGAGCAGGGUGAGCUGGCUGGAGUGUCCAAGCUGACUGCUGCCAAACAAAUGGUGGACACACUCAAGCUUGAGGCCGCAGAGCAAGGUAAGCUUUUGGCUGACAAACAAGCCAAAGCUACUGCAGCACUGGAGAUGAUCACUGAGACAAUGACUAAUGCCAACGCUCAUCGAGGAGAUAUGGAUCAAUUGAAGAUUCAGACUGAAAAAGAGAAUCAACUACUUCAAGUCAGGAAGAAAGAGAUAGAAACAGAGCUGGCAGAAAUUCAACCACUAAUAGAAGAGGCGAGGACUGCUGUUGGAAACAUUAAAUCAGAAGCUCUCUCAGAAAUCCGGAGUCUCCGGGCUCCUCCAGAGGUCAUCCGGGAUAUACUCGAAGGAGUGCUGAGGCUCAUGGGUAUCCAGGAUACCUCUUGGAACAGCAUGAAGACCUUCUUGGCCAAGAGAGGGGUCAAAGAGGACAUCAGGUGCUUUGAUGCUCGCAACAUUCACUCAGACAACAGGGAAGCAGUGGAAGUGCUUUUGUCAGAGCACAGAGAGUCUUUCAACCCAAAGACAGCCAAGAGAGCUUCUCAAGCAGCUGCUCCACUGGCAGCUUGGGUCACUGCCAACGUCAAGUUCUCUCACGUGCUGGACAAGAUAAAACCUCUAGAGCGGGAACAGGCAAAUCUUCAUAGAAAUUUGAAGCUGGCUGAAGAGCGGAUUGACCAGCUGAGUAGUGGACUGCAAGACGUAGACAAGACUGUGGCGGAGUUGAAGGAGAGACUGAACAGAUUCACCAAGGAGGCUGCGGAGUUGGAGAUUCAUCUGGGACAAGCAGAGGAAACACUGAGCAGUGCGGAGAACCUGGUGCAUAAACUGGACCAAGAGUACUGCAGAUGGAAAACACAGCUGAAUGAAUUAUCUGAAGCAUUGAGUCGUUUGCCGCAUCAUAGUCUACUAGCUGCUGCUUUUGUCACUUAUCUGUCGGCUGUUUCACAAGAUCUCAGGAGACGUAAGCUGUCCCAAUGGUGUGAGGCACUGGAGGUGGCUCAGUUCUCUCUGGUAGAGUUCCUGUGUUCUGAGAGACAACAGUUGUUGUGGCAGUCCCAAGGGUUGCCUGCAGACCAGUUACGUAAGCUGUCCCAAUGGUGUGAGGCACUGGAGGUGGCUCAGUUCUCUCUGGUAGAGUUCCUGUGUUCUGAGAGACAACAGUUGUUGUGGCAGUCCCAAGGGUUGCCUGCAGACCAGUUACGUAAGCUGUCCCAAUGGUGUGAGGCACUGGAGGUGGCUCAGUUCUCUCUGGUAGAGUUCCUGUGUUCUGAGAGACAACAGUUGUUGUGGCAGUCCCAAGGGUUGCCUGCAGACCAGUUACGUAAGCUGUCCCAAUGGUGUGAGGCGCUGGAGGUGGCUCAGUUCUCUCUGGUAGAGUUCCUGUGUUCUGAGAGACAACAGUUGUUGUGGCAGUCCCAAGGGUUGCCUGCAGACCAGUUACGUAAGCUGUCCCAAUGGUGUGAGGCACUGGAGGUGGCUCAGUUCUCUCUGGUAGAGUUCCUGUGUUCUGAGAGACAACAGUUGUUGUGGCAGUCCCAAGGGUUGCCUGCAGACCAGUUACGUAAGCUGUCCCAAUGGUGUGAGGCGCUGGAGGUGGCUCAGUUCUCUCUGGUAGAGUUCCUAUGUUCUGAGAGACAACAGUUGUUGUGGCAGUCCCAGGGGUUGCCUGCAGACCAGUUGUCUGUGGAGAACGCAGCCAUCACAAAGAUAACUCUUGAUACCAUUUACAGACGUAAGCUGUCCCAAUGGUGUGAGGCGCUGGAGGUGGCUCAGUUCUCUCUGGUAGAGUUCCUGUGUUCUGAGAGACAACAGUUGUUGUGGCAGUCCCAGGGGUUGCCUGCAGACCAGUUACGUAAGCUGUCUCAAUGGUGUGAGGCGCUGGAGGUGGCUCAGUUCUCUCUGGUAGAGUUCCUAUGUUCUGAGAGACAACAGUUGUUGUGGCAGUCCCAGGGGUUGCCUGCAGACCAGUUGUCUGUGGAGAACGCAGCCAUCACAAAGAUAACUCUUGAUACCAUUUACAGACGUAAGCUGUCUCAAUGGUGUGAGGCGCUGGAGGUGGCUCAGUUCUCUCUGGUAGAGUUCCUGUGUUCUGAGAGACAACAGUUGUUGUGGCAGUCCCAGGGGUUGCCUGCAGACCAGUUACGUAAGCUGUCCCAAUGGUGUGAGGCACUGGAGGUGGCUCAGUUCUUUCUGGUAGAGUUCCUGUGUUCUGAGAGACAACAGUUGUUGUGGCAGUCCCAGGGGUUGCCUGCAGACCAGUUGUCUGUGGAGAACGCAGCCAUUAUCACUACAGUUUCCAACAUAGAUACUGAGAGUUGUCAGGCCGUGUAUGUCCUGGACCCCUCAUCCUCUGCUGUCCCGUGGCUGUCUGCUAGUCUGAGGGUGGACCAUGACCGAGGAGAGGUGGAGGUUGUGUCUCAAGCCAGUCCUAGGUUCCACACCAGCCUUGACCUAGCAGUCAGAUUUGGCAAGAAGCUCAUUAUUCAAGAUGCUGAUGGAAUCGAACCUUCGGUUUAUCCUGUGCUGCGAAGAGAUAAGGGCCAACAAGAUGGGCGCAGAAGUCUCCGUCUCUAUCACACGUCUCGUAGUGGAGCUCCUCUCAUGGAACCUCAUGUAUCUGCUUUGCUUUGUCAGGUCAACUACUCAACCACAGAGGCAGGACUUACUGAACAGCUGGUGCAGUCAGCCCUGCGCCAGGAGAAGCCACAACUGGAGGUGCGCCGAGGAGAGCUGCUGCGCCGAGAGGAGGAACUCAAGAUGUCACUUCACCAACUACAAGACAAGGUGCUGCAGGAGCUGGCCAACGCUCACGGAGACAUCUUGCAUAAUAAGGAGUUGCUAGCCAGCCUCAACGAGACCAAGCGCAGUGCAAGUGCCAUCAGUGAAUCUCUGGAAGAGUCUGCUCGGCUGAAGACAGCUCUGCAAGUGGAGUGUGACAUGUUCCGUGGACUUGCAGAGUUUGGCUCCAGACUGUUCUUUGCAGUCACUGGAUUGUCUAAACUCAAUAACAUGUAUCGCCUCAGCACCAACGCUUUCUUGGUCAUCUUCAAUGAAACAGUGGCAACAUCUACACAGGAUGAAGUUGUAUGGAAGCAGAUCCUGCUGCAGAAGGUAUACCUUUACAUGGCCAGAGCUUUAUUCAAGGAGGAUACUUUGACAUUUGCUCUUCAUCUGGCUCGUGCCAUGUGCCCUUCACACUUCCAGCCUAACGAAUGGGAAACUCUAACAGGCCAAGCUGUAGCUGUCAGGACUGACUCAACUGUCACUCUACCCUCUUGGAUACCUCAAGAGAGGGCUUCAGCUGUAACUUACCUACAGAGUGUUCUACCCCAGCUGUACGGGAGACUCCAGCUGGACUCUGAGUCCUGGAAACAUUUCCCCCAGUCUGAUGCUCCAAGUGUUCUACCCCAGCUGUACGGGAGACUCCAGCUGGACUCUGAGUCCUGGAAACAUUUCCCCCAGUCUGAUGCUCCAAGUGUUCUACCCCAGCUGUACGGGAGACUCCAGCUGGACUCUGAGUCCUGGAAACAUUUCCCCCAGUCUGAUGCUCCAGUCAGUCUCUCCAGUUUCCAGAGAGUGCUUCUGGUGCAAGCUCUGAGGCCUGAUCUCCUCCACACAUCCCUGACUAAGUUUGCUCAGAAAGCCUUGGGUCUCACUUCUCUGUCGCCACCUCCACUUCGACUGAGUCAGUUACUGACAGAGACCAAAGCUUCAGAGCCUAUCCUGAUCCUGACUGGGUCUGGAACCGACCCAUCUCAGGAGUUGCGUCAGUUAGCACACUCUACACACAAGGAGUAUCAUGAGGUAGCCCUAGGAGAGGGACAGGAAACUACGGUGUCACAACUACUGUCUCAAAUGUCCAGUCAAGGCCACUGGUUGUGUCUGAAGAACUUGCACCUCAUGAGUUCUUGGUUGCCGUCUCUUGAGCACCAACUAUCAGGUCUCUCUUCUCAUCCAGAAUUCAGACUCUGGUUGACCUCUGAACCUCAUCACAAGUUUCCAUCGAUGUUGGUCACUGCUUGUCUUAAAGUCACAUAUGAGGCACCUCGAGGUAUCAAACGUAACCUGGUCCGCUCAUACGCCUCGUGGGAGACGCAAGAAGUAUCUCGAGCACAGUUUGCUUUAGCAUGGUUCCACGCUGUAGUGCAGGAGCGAAGAACAUUCAUUCCUCAAGGCUGGGCCAAAAUGUACGAGUUUAAUGAUUCUGAUCUCCAUGCAGCUCUGUAUGUCUUGAAGGAAAGGCUCAAGAAAGAUGGCAGACAAGUAAAGUGGCAGUACAUCCAAGGUCUAGGAGAGUCAGCCAUCUAUGGAGGAAGAGUAGACAAUGUGUACGACUUACGAGUGCUCUCAGCGUAUCUCAAUACUUACUUCAACAACAGUGUUUUCCUCGACAACGCACCGUUGGCUCCUGGGGUCUAUGUUCCCCACUCUACCAGUAAUAAGGAUCACAAGACAGCGAUAGACAAGUUGCCAGAUCAAGACCCUCCAUCAUUCUUCGGUUUACCAGCAAAUGUAGACAGAUCCUGGCAGAGAAUUACUAGUGCAGCUGUCAUUGACAAACUUAAAGUGGUUGGUUGUGACGUAGACCCUAGAGGCAAGGUGGACCAGCAAGCCUGGCUGGAAUAUCUCGCACCGAUCCUCAACUUGUGGAAGAAGCUUAAUCAGGGUCAAAACUAUAUCAAGAUGAAACUAGUAGAACCCAACUCAGAACUGGGUCCUGUAUCCGCGUUCUUGUGGCGAGAGUUCCAAUUUGGAGUGGUUUUGGUCCAGAAGAUCCACCAGCCCUUGUCUGGAGUUACCAGAGUUAUCAAGGGUCAGAGCUCUCCUUCCGCAGAACUACUGAAGCUUGUGGACUCUCUUUUGCUCACCAAGACUCCUGAAGCCUGGAGUACUUCAUGGUCUGGUCCUUUGAAUGUGACCCAAUACCUUCAGAGUGUCACUGCUAAAGUUUCUACCCUCGAUAGGCUCAAAGACAAUUUCUCAAGUUCCAUCGACCUCAGUGAUGUGUUUCAUCCCGACGUAUUUUUCAGCUCUCUUCGCCACCAGUCAUCGAGGGACUUGCACAUUCCGGUGGAUGCUCUAGAACAGCAUUGUAGCUGGUCCGUGGUGAAGGAGCCUGGAGCUACUGCAGUGAAUGGUCUGCAGCUGGAAGGAGCGACGCUUAGUGGAGGAGUGCUGACUUCAAACUCCGCAGAUUCUGCUGAUGUUUCAACCGUCUCUGCCCUCUACGUUUAUUGGACCAACAAGAACAAGCAAGAAGACGCCAACAACUGGAUUGCUCUUCCCCUAUAUCGAUCUGCAGUCCGGGACUUGGUUAUAACUGAGUUGAAAGUUCCGAGCCGAGCGAACGAACACAGCAAGUGGAUCUUAGCAGGCACUGCCUUCUAUAUCAAAGGCUGAACAACCCUAGUCAUAGAUCUAGUCAUGAAGAUACCUUAUUUAUUAUGUGGUGUCUUAACUUGCACCUAUUUG